AUGGACUUCGAAAGCACUAGCGGCCAGUCUUCUUCUGCGAUGGAGGCUGCAGAGAUCGUCGAGCUGAAGCCCUGCGUCGAGGAGCUUAACAACUCGGCGGACAGCAACAUGGUCCAGCUGGACAUGGUAGAAUUGAACGAGGUGCCGCCGGAAGUGGGCGAAAUUAAAAUGAAGGGCUCGAAUGUGUCGAUCACCCCACGUUCGCUGAUCUGCGUCGAGCUCCCUGUCAAAGUCGACAAUCCGGAAAAGAUCAUCGGCGCUCUGGGCGGCCGGCAAGUCCUGCUAGACACCUUCAACGACGUCGGUACCUCGCAGUUCACCAAGCGGCGGCUAAAUUUUAGCUUUCGGCCGGACGAUCCGCACGCGCACGCCGCUUGUGGGGAUCCCUGCAUCACCGAAAAUGCUCUCGUGCUGAUCCAAAAACUAAGAAGCAAGAAAGACCCGAAAAAGACGAAAAUGCGGAUGAAAAUCGUCGGCUGUUCCAGCAUCGCUUACAAGUUCCAGGCGCCGGCGGAUUGCCAGCAACUGCCAGUGCUGCCCUUUGAAAACGAAAAAGCAAAGUGCGUUCAAUUUUGCCUGCUUUCGAUCCGGACUCCGAGGCGAUUAUGGAAACGAUGA